CGCUGAAUUACAGAGCAUUUCCUCAUUUGCUGUUUAAGUUUAGUGUCAUGUAGCUCUGCCUGUACAGCAGCAUCAGCCUGGAUACUGAUUCACAGCUGGACAUGAAGCACUUUACCCAUCACUAAAACCACCACUAAAGACAAAUAUGGAGGAGAGCGUUGAUGUCAAGGCUCUGAGGGCCAAGUUCAACAACAAGACCAGCACCUCAGACACCAGCAGCCGGGACAGCGGCUCCCCGAAAUCUCCACGACCUGGGUUUGGGAGGGCAAUCCUGCCAGUGACCGAGAACAAUCUGGCUCUUCACAGACUGUCUCCUGUGGUUCCUCCUCCUCCGAUGGCUGGUCCAGGCCUGAUGAGGAUCCCGAGGGCCGAACCAAUGGCAGCCUCAAUCCCCCCAAGACCUGGUUCCUUCCCUCGACCGCCUCCCAAUCAUGGAGUCAGAGCACCCAUCCCGCCGGUAGACGCCACCAAGGUCAAGCAGACCGGGGAAAUGCUGCAGAACAUGAUGCUGCGGCACCAGAAGCCUCUAGGCAUCAAACCAUCCCAGAGUCCAGCUCUAGGUCAGUCCCCUGCACCAACUCCAACCUCUGCCCCUCUACCACUUCGACAGCAACCCCGACAGAGGAGCGCAGGGGAGGUGACCCCGCUGAGAAAGCCCCUGCCCCCUGAAGGACCCCUGCCUUUGAAACCCAAACGGCCUCCCAAUGUCAACCUGGAGCCAUUUCUGAGGUUCAGCCGAGUACCUGCUCUUCCUGGUCCAAGAAAGCGGGACGUUCUCCCAGCAGGUUCACCAGGUUCAGCAGGCAGAAAAAUGUCUUUACCUGCAGUAAUCAGUCCUCCGAAACCGCCACAACGAUCCAACAAACCCAGCAGACUUCCACGCCAAGUAGCCUCCGUGGACUUUGAUGAUCAGGACCAGGACACCUAUGAUGACAUUGCAAGCUUUGAGAAGAACGAGUCCCUGAGUGACAACAGUUCACAGUGUAUGGACGGGGACGACGACGACGAUGUGUAUGAAGCUAUUGAUGAGGACCAGGUGGAGGUAAAUCGGGUAAAUGCUGAGAAGAAAAACAAAAAAGAAGCAAAGAGGCAACAGGAGCAGGAGAAGAAAGAUCAGAUGGAGCGUCAGAAAAAAGAAUAUGAGUUGAAGAAGAACUUUCAGUUGCAAGGGGAAGUGGAUGUUCUUCAUACUGCCAGCGUCCGGCAUGACUGGCACGGAGGAGGAAAGCUGGACCUCAGUGUACGACAAGGCGAGAGCGUGGAGAUAAUCCGAUUGAAGAACAACCCAGGAGGCAAAUGGCUGGCUCGCACGAUGAAUGGAAACUACGGAUACAUCAGUAACACGUGUGUGGAUAUUGACUAUGAGGCAGUGAAGCGCAAAGUGCUCCAGUCCAGAAAAACAGACUUGCCUCCACCACCUCCGGACCCCCCACUGGAGUCAAAUAACAGAGACAGCAUGCUUGAAGAUGAUGAUGACUAUGAUGACGUGCAACCAUUAACUGAGGAUUUCCCCCCGCCACCGCCUGAAAUCAGCAUAGAUCCAAAAGUGAUGAAGGAUCUUAAAAAGAAAUUUAAGUAUGAAGGGCCUCUCAGGGUGCUGCACACCAUGAUGGUGGAUCCUAAUAGCAUCAUAAAGAAGCCAGGAGGGAAGGAUCUACACGUGAUUCAGGGAGAAAUCCUGGACGUGAUCGAGCUCACCAACAGCAAGAAAGCUCUGUGUCGCAACCAGUUUGGAAAAUAUGGUUAUGUGCCCAGAUUUCUUCUUCUUCCAAUGGAAGGAGACAUUUAUGACGAUGUUGACUACGCAGGUGACAUCUACGACAACGACUCUCCACACACUGAUUAUUAAAACUUGUCAAACUGAGUCCACACGAACACACACGCAGACAAAAGGUAACAAACUAUAUAAAAACUAAAAAACCAAAACCUUAAGCUGUUUAAAACUAUAUAACUAUUUUUGCUUUUUUUGACUCCACUAGUCCCAUUCAGUCUAGACUUCCUGUUACAACUGACAGCGGUCUGGCUCACAAACAAACUAGCUUAUAUAAAACUAAAAUGAUAUGUAUGGUAGAAAGAUACAGACUCACUCAAACAUUCAAACUGAACAUGCCCCGUACAUCAUUUCAUUGUUUGUCAAACUGCUUGUAUAGAAAAUGAAUACACUAUUACUGUAGCUUUGUGUUUUGCUCGACAUCUGAGAUAAUGUAAAAUAAAUGAAUAAACUUGUUUUCUGGUAA